GCAUUUCCCUGCGUUGCAGAGUCAACUUCGACUACUAACGUAAAAUGUAAACUUAAUGGAAGUUUUUCCAUCAAUCAUACAUCCACUGUUAUGAAUUGCAAACGACUACCAAGAGCUGGAAUAUAGCCGAGCACUUGGGAUUGCUGUUCAAAGUCUUCCCCUAUUGACUUUUGACUUUCGUACUUCGAAGGUACCAAUAGAGUUAUGCGAAAGUUAAACAAAUUGCAUUGUGUUUAUUCUCGUGAGUGAACAUCUCGCUUGGGAUCCGAUAGGAUGUUUGAGAUAGCAUUGCCCAUCUCCCGUAUACGAUAUUGUACUCGUUAAGGUUGGCAAACACCAAGAAGAAUUUCGCAGGGUUAGGAGAACAUCAUCAGAUCUAUGUUCACGUAACCUGCUCAUUGCUUACGGAAUGUAAUCAAUGAAGGACCACCUCCGAAUGCGAAAUACCUCUAUGUGGGAGCUCAAGUUUUUCUAUAACACAGUCUUUCCCAUACACUUCACCCGAUUACACUCAUUGUGUUCACUCAAAAUGGUUCAUAUCACAAGCCUUAUUUCUUUUUUGGCCAGCACCGCUUUGGUGUCUGCAGCUCCAGGUUCCGCCCCAGCAGAUCUUGAUAGGCGUGCUGGUUGCACAUUCAGCACCGCCGCUACUGCUAUAGCCUCAAAGACCACCUGCUCUACUAUCAUUUUGGACAGCGUCGUUGUUCCAGCUGGAACCACUCUUGACUUGACUGGCCUCAAAACCGGCACCAAAGUUAUUUUCCAGGGAACUGCCACUUUUGGUUACUCUGAGUGGGAAGGCCCUCUUAUUUCCAUCUCCGGACAAGAUAUUGUCGUCACCGGUGCAUCCGGAAACAAGAUUGACGGCGGCGGAGCAAGAUGGUGGGAUGGACUUGGAUCUAAUGUUUCUGCCGGAAAAGGCAAAGUCAAGCCUAAGUUCUUCUCAGCCCACAAGUUGACUGGAUCUUCCAGUAUCACUGGUUUGAAUUUCCUCAAUGCACCCGUUCAGUGCAUUUCUAUUGGACAAUCUGUUGGAUUGUCGCUUAUCAAUAUCAACAUUGAUAACUCUGCUGGAGAUGCUGGUAACCUUGGCCACAACACCGAUGCUUUUGACAUCAACUUGAGUCAAAACAUUUUCAUCUCCGGAGCAAUUGUCAAGAACCAAGAUGAUUGUGUUGCUGUCAACUCUGGCACCAACAUUACUUUCACCGGUGGAAACUGCUCUGGUGGCCAUGGUCUCUCCAUCGGUUCCGUCGGUGGACGCAGCGGCACCGGAGCCAACGAUGUCAAGGACGUGCGAUUCCUCUCUUCUACUGUUCAAAAAUCGACCAAUGGUGUUCGAGUUAAGACCGUCAGCGAUACCAAAGGCUCUGUCACCGGCGUCACUUUCCAGGACAUCACUCUCAUCGGCAUCACCGGAGUUGGCAUUGAUGUUCAACAGGAUUAUCAAAAUGGCAGCCCUACUGGUACACCAACUAAUGGUGUUCCAAUCACCGGAUUGACUAUGAACAAUGUUCACGGUAAUGUUAUUGGAGGUCAAAAUACUUAUAUUCUCUGUGCAAACUGCUCAGGCUGGACUUGGAAUAAGGUUGCUGUUACCGGUGGAACUGUUAAGAAGGCUUGUGCUGGUGUUCCUACCGGAGCUUCUUGCUAAAUUUGAGACUGUUUCGAGCUACUCAGCGAGAUAAGUCAUGGUGACUGACAAUGGUUGAUAACCAUGGGGUAACUAGAAAGGGGAUAGUGAGAUGAAAGGUUUUUGAAGAACGUUUUGAUCAUUUAAUAUAAGAAUUCUUUUGCAUUUGGUGGUUAGAUAUUGGGUGGAUAAACGUGAAAGAUAGUUGGCUCUAAAAUUUAGACAUGCUUCUUUCCA